CGGAGGAGGAGAGGCAUUUAUCUUAGGUGCAGUGGGCAAGGAAAGUGGCUUAUCUAGUGGAGGUGGAGCGCAUGAGACGACUAGAGACCAUUGGUGCAUGUGGCAGCGCGGAGUCUGUGCUCGGACAGGAUGCUGCCUUGCAGCCUUCGCGUGGGGGACAUGUUUCACCACAUCCGCUGACGUCGCUGCCACACACGACCACCGACCACCGUGCUACGACACACCGUGCCACUCUCUCACCAUCCCCGACCAUUGCGGGAUAUGCUGAUGUUCCACCUGUGUCUGCAUCGCCUCCUGGACCAUGGGGGUCGCCUGCGUCUCAUGCUCCUCUUACCUCAGAGGCAGGAGGUUCAGGCACGAUGGACUCGAAAUUACAGGUAGUGCGUGACUUUGUACUGGGACUUGUGACACUCGGAGGUGCGGAGACGGAGCAGGUAUUCAGUGACACUCGGAGGUGCGGAGGUGAGGAUUGUGGUGUUGACGUUGGAGUUGCGGGUUUGGAGGCGGGUGCUUCAGACACCGAGGAGCCACAUAGGGUGCCCAUCCACGUUCAGCCCGUCUCCGAUGAGGUUCUUGUGGGAGACAUGAUACGUGGCGACGAGGAGGACUCGGGAGGGCACGGACCGGAGGGCGAGCUGAGAGCGGAUCUUGACAAGAUAGGCUCGGUCUUCGACACGCAGGUGGUAGCGGCAUACGAGGAGUAGAGGACGGGUGUGGUGGAUCCGUUGCCCGACACCCCUACUAGCUGUGACGGAUGUACUUGUAUCUGUGACGCAUUGACUCUA